CAACCCAAUUCACCCUUCACUCACCAGUCACCACUAACUUGUGCUAAGUUCACAUCUUCACACCAAAUCAUCAUUCCCUCUCACACUUUCUCCUCAGCCUUCACCACCAUGCAACUUUUCUCAUCAUCACCUCCUUUCUGUGCAGCUCUGCACUCAGACUUUGGUCUCGUCCUGAUACCAAUCCUCGUGCUCUUGGGCUUGUUCGUCCUCCAAUGGCGGCACCCGAGAUUCCACAGGCGCCUUCCCCCUGGCUCAAUGGGUUGGCCUUAUUUCGGAGAGACUUUCGAGCUCUACACUGAAAACCCAAAUUCCUUCUUCACGGUCCGGCAAAAACGGUAUGGGAGGAUAUUCAAGACCCAUGUUUUGGGGUGUCCAUGUGUGAUGAUAACAAGUCCAGAAGCAGCAAAAAUGGUACUGGUGAGUCGGGCUCAUCUGUUUAAGCCGACUUACCCCAGAGGCAAAGAGAGGAUGAUAGGACCGGAGGCUAUAUUCUUUCACCAAGGAGCCUAUCACUCAAAGCUAAAGAAGCUGGUUCAGGCUUCACUUCUGCCCUCUGCAAUAAAAGGUUCAGUCUCAGAGAUUGAGCAAAUUGUUCUAAGCCUACUGCCCACAUGGAAGAACAACACCAUUAACACUUUGCAAGAGAUGAAGAGGUAUGCUUUUGAUGUGGCAAUGAUUUCAGUUUUGGGCAACAAAAGGGACAUUGAAGUGGAAGGGAUUAAACAUCUGUAUCAUUCCAUUGAGAAGGGCUAUAAUUCCAUGGCUCUUGAUCUACCUGGAACUCCCUUUCACAAAGCCAUGAAGGCAAGGAAGCUUCUGAAUAAGGCAUUGAGAGGACUGAUACAAAAGAGAAGGGAGAGUGGUGAUGCACAAAGUGGUGGAUUGCUUCAAGAACUGUUGAGAGCAAAAGAUCAGAAACUUAAUCUGAACCUCAGUGAUUCUCAAAUUGCUGAUAAUAUCAUCGGGGUUAUCUUUGCUGCUCAUGAUACCACUGCUAGCGUUCUAACAUGGCUCCUGAAGUAUCUUCAUGACAAUGACGAUCUCCUAGAAUCUGUUACGAGAGAACAAGAAGGAAUUCAACGCAAAAUGUUGAAUGAGAAACGCGGGUUUACGUGGGAUGAUACUAGACGCAUGCCUUUGACUAAUCGGGUGAUUCAAGAGACUCUAAGAACAGCAAGUAUACUGUCAUUCACAUUCAGAGAGGCAGUGGAAGACGUAGAGUUUGAGGGUUACUUUAUCCCUAGAGGUUGGAAGGUGCUGCCUCUUUUCAGAAGCAUUCAUCACUGUGCAGAUUUCUUCCCUCAGCCUGAAAAGUUUGACCCUUCAAGAUUUGAGGUUCCACCUCGACCCAACACUUACAUGCCCUUUGGGAAUGGCGUGCAUUCCUGUCCAGGCAAUGAGCUGGCCAAGUUUGAGAUGCUGAUCCUCCUUCACCACCUCACAACUACUUACAGGUGGCACCUGAUGGGCGAUGACGAUGGGAUUCAGUAUGGCCCUUUCCCAGUUCCCAAACAGGGAUUACCCAUCAAAGUGACUCUGAGGAACAAGAAUAGGACCUGAUCUCAGGUUCUUGACGACCAUCCAAAACUUUUCCAAUGGGGACAAAAAGCAAGCAAGCAGACCCCAUUGAGCCUCUAGCUUUUCCUCCUCUUCCAUCUGUGUAUUUUUUUUUUUUCUUAGAGAGUUUGUCGUUGGCAAUCGAUCCUAUGUCAAGUUCCUUAGCAUAGGGUAAGCGUCUGUCUGUCAGUCAGUUCAGUCAAUCAGUCAGUGUCAGUUUAAUGUAAUGUGCAGAAGAAUAAUCAAUGAAAUGCAAAUUUCAUUUCAUUAAGAGCAAAAACUGUGAAUGUGUGAAUGGCAGAGUUUUGUUCUCUUGUUUGAAGAUCAAGUCUGUGUGGCUUUGAUUGUGGAUGAAGUAUGGCUUUGAUUGUGGAUGAAGUAACUUUCAGCUAUCUUAGAUUUUUCUUCAACUUGGGGGUAGAAGUUGAAGAGUUGAGAGACAACCUAGGCCAACUGGGAGUUCUGUCUACAUAUGUAAACCUUAAUCAACACAAGUGACAAAUGAUGGAGUCACAAGGUAUCUGUGUGCAUGAACUUCAUGGAUAGAUAUUUUGGGUGUGCACACUAGAAUUCCACGUAGGGGAUUGUCUCAGCACAACAUUGUAGCCUACGUGGGUUACUAAACAUGUCCAGUUGAUCAGAAUGUUCCAGCCCAAAUGUUAUCUAUUUGAGGAAACUAGAGGUUGAGAGCAAGAAAAUGAUAGGCAGUGAUGUUCAACUAAUCGCGCUAGUCUUCUAGUGAUUCUGUCUAGGCUUGCGUGAAGGUUUUGCUCUGAUAUCCUAUACCAAGAAAGUUCCAAGUUGAAACAUCAACAAUGUAUGACAGUUUUGGAUGGCAGAGAUGUGGAUGGAACAUUGGAAGAAGAUUCUUCUAUGACACUAACGGGUAUAAAGAAUGAGCAGGUUCACAUCAUUAUACAUAAUAAAAUGGUAUGAAUCCAUCACAUUCAUUUUCAAAAACAUUACUAAUGUUCUUUUACUAUAAUCCAAAACUAUCCGAAACAGAAUCAACUGCAAAUUAGCAUCAUUAUCCAAUAAAGUACAGCUCCGUAAGGAAAUUCAUUUUCAAGGAGAAAUCAAAGAUGGUUGAGAAAUUAGCAUUAAAAGAAACACUAAUAACUCAACCCAAGUCAUAACUACCAUGAGGAAAUUAACAUUAAGAAAUUAGCAUUAAGAAAAUUCAUGUCGACUAGGGUUAUGGACGAAAAACAGGACUCCUGGUUAGCAUUAAGAAAUUAGCAUCCUUAAUCAUUUUCAAAGCUGAAGUCAAAUGCAGCUCCUUCAAGUGGAAUGACUCCGUGAAGCUAGUUUUCCCGUCCUCAAAGAAACAUUAAUAACUCUUCUAUAUACAUAUAGAAACAAUGAUAUACACAUAGUUCAACUCCUCUCCAAACUUGAAGAACCAGAACCCUUUACCUCAAAAAAAAAAAAAAAAAAAAAUAGAAACACCCUUUCAAAAAAAAAAAGAAAAAAAAAAACAUAUGGAAACACUAAUAAACACAGUUCAACUCCUCUCCAAAACAUGAAGAACCAGAACAGCGAGCUAUGUGUAUAUUAGCGUUUCUUUGGGAAUGGGAAAUCUUGUGUUCAUACAACUAACACUAACAUGCUUUUGAUGUAAUAUUUGCAUUACUGUAUCAGUCAUUCUAUUGUCAAAUCAAAAUUUUGAUCUCUUGAAUUCACUCUUGUAAAUGACGAGUGGUUACAUCCCACACAAUGUUGAUUUCCAUUCGAACAAUGUGAAACGAAAUGCUAAGAUACCGAACAUAAAGGGCAAAUCCUAAAUUGUCACCAGGAUCAUUACAUGGAUGGGUUAAGUUUGUUUCCAUAUCCUAAACAUGAAUAACGUUUAACAGCAUACAUCAACAAGCUUCUGGAAUCACAAAUAACAAGACAAACUAGAAUGUGUGCAAUUGGAAACAAUGCCGUGACCAGGUAAAACCAUGGAAACAAUUCGUAAUAGGAAGUGGCCCAAAUUCACAACUAACAUGAGCUAAACACAAGCAGUAGUAGUCAUGCACAGACAUGCAACCACAAGAAGAAAAAACAACAGAAAGAAAAAAUGAA